GGUUAUAUUUGUCUUCUCUGCGCCGUAUUUUGCGAUGCAUUCUUCAAUCGUUGCUCCCGGAAAAGCGAUACCCAGAGUAUGUUCAAUUUGUUUUCUAUACUUCAGGCUGAUGCGCGCAUUCCUAAACCACCAAAGCCCCCAGAAAAGCCAUUGAUGCCGUAUAUGCGAUACAGUAGAAAGGUCUGGGAGAAAGUAAAGAACGAAAAUCCGCAGUUAAAAUUAUGGGAAGUUGGUCGUAUUAUUGGGCAAAUGUGGCGCGAAUUGCCUGAUGAGGAGAAAAACGUUUACAUUGAAGAAUACGAGGCUGAGAAGCAGCGUUAUAACGAAACACUUCGCCAGUAUCACAGUUCUCCUGCUUACCAAGCGUGGGUUGUCGCCAAAGAACGAGCGGAGAAAGUUAUUGAAGAAGAAGAGCGGAGAAGUGCUGCUCGCGCACGCGAAAAGCAUGAACCACCUGUUGAUUUGCGUGAAUCUUACAUUCUGGAGGAUAACGAGGAGGAUCCCGAUGAACAGUUCACCGUGAAGCAUGUUGCCGCAGCACGAUUUCAGCGCAAUCAUCGUCUCAUGCACGAAAUUCUUAGCGAUGCAAAAUUGCCUGAUCCCGGACAGUUAAUUAACGAGACUCGUAUCCAAACUUUGCAAAUGCAAGUGAAGCAGUUGAAAAGCCAUAAAAAGAACCUGUGCAGUGAAAUUGAAAAUUGUGAACUACGGCACCAGGCCAAAAUGCGUCGAAUACAAGACGAAUCCGCAGCUUUUUACGCAGACUACCGAAAGUUAAUAACUCAAACCCCUCAUAUUUCAGAGUCCCAGUUUGCUGAUAUGAUCAUCAAAGCAAAACACGAUUUGGACCGUGAGGAAGAAAAGAAACGUGAGCGUCAGGCCGCAGAAAAUGAAGCCCGCAAACAGCGUGCUCAACAGCGGGAGGCUGAGAUCGCGGAGGCGGAAAGACGUCGUCAAGCUCAAAUUUUGCAGCACCAGCAACAGUUGCAGUCGAUUUCGCCAGCCACUCAUACCCCAACUACCCAAGCUCCUGCUGCAGACGACCUUUCUCAACCCCCCUCACAACAUCCUAGUUACGCACAAGCACAGCAACAACCUCCAUAUGGUCGGAAACCCUACCCUUGUUCCCUGCCGAGUUCACAGGCUUAUCCUCCCCCACCUCAAUAUGCUUCAUCGACUCCGCAACCUCCACCAACAUCUGUCGAAAAUUUGAUCGAGUCAGAAAGGAAUAAUAGCGCACUCGUUGAAGAAUCGAUCAAAAAGGAUGUCUCAGCUUCUGAUCCGGGUGUUGAAACUGAUGGUCUCGGUUGCAAACUACUGCACGAACACCAACAAAUGCAGCAAAGUACACCAAAUAUAAUAGCCAGUUCUCAACCUCCUCCACCUAAUUACUCAAUGCCACCAGCACAACCUCCAGCUCAACAAGCGCCGCCACCUCCAGACUACCACUACCAACAGCAGCAGCAGCAGCAGCAGCAACAACAACAGCAACCACUUCCACAACCUCCGCUCCCUCAAGGGCGAUGUCCUCCGGGUUAUUACCCACAGGGUAGUAGACCCCCCUAUCCGAGUUAUCCCAAUCCGCAACAGCAGCCGGCUCCCCCACCACCUCCAAGUUACCCGACCUCACAGCCACAACAGAUGUAUUCAUGGCAAGGACAAUAUCAACAGCAGCAGCAGCCUGGAUACCCUGGCGCUGGUGGUGCCAUGAUGCAGGCCCAGAGAUAUCCUUCACCUCAUGGAGCUUACCAGCGUCCUCCUUACUCAGAAGCGCAGGCUCCACCUGCGCCUCCUCCAUAUCAGCAGCAGCCCUCGGCCAUGCAUCACCCUCACCAACAGGGAUACUGGCAACCACCUCAGCAACAGUCACAGCCUGAAAUUCUGCAACAACAACAGCCUCCGGGGCAUUAUCCGGUCUCGACCGCUCCGACGGCUGCUGAUCCACAAAUGGGAAUGCUAACUCAGAACCAACCCCCUCCACCACAGCAAUCUGUUGCGACAUCUGCUGGGUUUUACGCAGGUUAUGGUGGGGCGCCACCCCCAUCCUACGGUGUCCCGCCCACACAGGGUGGAGUCUACUUUAACGGCCCUGCACCUUCACAGCAACAAAUGCCUGUUGGAGGAGGCUACGGGCAUCAGUCUUAUAUACAGCAGCAGCAACAUCAACACUGGUCCCAACAGUACCCACCAGGGAGCUACCCGCCUCAAGCUCCUCAAAGACCUCCGAUGUCACAACAGCCCCCUUCGCAGGCGUCUCAUUCGCAUCCGAUGGCGGCAGCAUCGGCGACUGGCGGUGUGUCAUCGCCUGCGGAUCAGGCAGCAAUGCAAAGGCCUUCUCCGAACCCCCAGCAUCCUUCUGCCGUCCCGACUCCACCCGCUCCAGUUAAUAAUUAA